UGCAGGCAGUGUCCUCACAGCCAGAGGAACAAAAUGUCCAACAGCAGCUCCAUCACCCAGUUCCUCCUCCUCGCAUUCUCAGACACACGGGAGCUGCAGCUCUUGCACUUCUGGCUCUUCCUGGGCAUCUACCUGGCUGCCCUCCUGGGCAACGGCCUCAUCAUCACCACCAUUGCGUGCGACCCCCGCCUCCACACCCCCAUGUACUUCUUCCUGCUCAACCUCUCCCUCCUCGACAUGGGAUCCAUCUCCAACACGGUCCCCAAAUCUGUGACCAAUUCCCUAUGGAACACCAGGGCCAUCUCCUACUCUGGAUGUGCUGCCCAAGUCUUUCUGUUUUUCUUUUUGUUGUCAGCAGAAUUGUAUCUUCUCACCAUCAUGGCCUAUGACCGCUACAUUGCCAUCUGCAAACCCCUGCACUACGGGACUCUCCUGGGCAGCAGAGCUUGUGUCCACAUGGCAGCAGCUGCCUGGGGCAGUGGCUUUCUCAAUGCUGUGCUGCACACGGCCAAUACAUUUUCACUCCCACUCUGCAAGGGCAAAGCUGUGGAGCAGUUCUUCUGUGAAGUGCCCCAGAUCCUCAAGCUCUCCUGCUCAGAUGCUUCUCUCAGGGAGGUUUGGCUUCUUGUGUUUGGUGUCUGUAUUGCAUUUGGAUGUUUUAUUUUCAUUGUGCUGUCCUAUGUGCAGAUCUUCAGGGCUGUGCUGAGGAUCCCCUCUCAGCAGGGACAGCACAAAGCCUUUUCCACGUGCCUCCCUCACCUGGCCGUGGUCUCCCUGUAUGUCAGCACUGGCAUGUUUGCCUACCUGAAGCCCCCCUCCAUCUCCUCCCCAUCUAUAGAUUUUCUGGUGGCUGUUCUGUACUCAGUGUUGCCUCCAGCAGUUAACCCCCUCAUCUACAGCAUGAGGAACCAGGAGAUCAAAGAGGCCCUAUGGAGACUGUCACAAUGGAUGCUGUUUCACAGACAAUGGUCUUCCACCCAUUCUCUGCACAUUUCCCAGAGUUUACCUUAG